AUGACUUUGCGAAGAUAUGUUGUAUUUGUCUAUUUGAUAACAAUUACAUUAUCUGCUCAAAUUGAUGAUAACAGUACAUGGGUUGAUCAAAAUGGGUUGGUAAGAGUUAAAGUAGAUAGAACUGAAGGUAAAAUAUGUUCUGUGAGCUGGGACGAUGAAGACGCCAAGGUGUUAUGUCGUGGACUUGGUAAAACCAACAGUAAAUCGUAUAUAAAAUACGAUCAAUCAGCACCAACAUUAAUUGCGGAUGUAAAAUGUGUUGGUACUGAAUUAAGAUUAGAAGAUUGUCACUAUUCUGUUUUGGGUGGAAAUGUGACUUGUUCACCAACCUAUUCAUCAUGGAACUCUGCUGGAGCAUAUUGUUAUAACAGUAAUGAUGAGGUAACCUACUCCACAGAACAUGUAAGAUACGGUCGAGUUCUAGCUACAAGAAAUGGUUAUGAAAGAUAUCUCUGUAAAAAUGGAGAUUUCUCAUAUCACCAUGCUAAUGUAGUUUGUUGGAAUAUGGGUUAUAAAGCUGGAGAAAUCUUUGAAAUGGAGCAUCUUUCUAUGUCGCAGAACCCGUCCUGGUGGAAAAAUUCGUUUGAAUGCCAGGGAAAGGAACCACUUUUAGGUGCUUGUAUUAGAUCAACCUGGGAAGACAUAACGCCACCAUAUUUUGAUCAGAAUGUGUGUAUCUAUCACACUCCGUCAGUUUUAUGUCACGGAUCAGCCAGACUACACACUGAACUGUUCAACAGCAGUGGAGUUGUUGGUUUAUAUCACGAUGAUGCUUACAGAGCUAUUUGCUCGGAUGAUUUUGAUUCCAAAGCUGUUGCUGUGGUUUGUAAUAGUUUAGGAUUUGCUGGUGGAUUUAAAGCACCCUCUAAUAGUUACAGUAGCUACAAUUAUUAUACACGGAUUGCAAAUCUAACUUGUUCUGGAACAGAGAAAUCUCUGGAUCAGUGUUCGUAUGAUUAUUCGACGUCACCAUCUUGUAAUUCGGGACCAGCUACGGUGGCAUGUAUAGAUCCAAACGAUCCAGACUCUGUGUUACCCGAUGGAUCAACGAAAAUUGUAAACCAAAAAGUAUUGAUAAAGUUACAUGAUAUAUGGGGUACUAUAUGCUAUGACAAUUGGGAUGACGUUGAUGCUAAGACAGUCUGUAAACAACAUGGUUUUGAUGAUGGUCAAUCCCUACAGUUAAGCAGGGACUCUAGGCUGCCAAGAUGGUAUAAAAAUGUUACUUGUCAGGACGGUACAGAUCAAACACUUGAAACUUGUGAGAAGUCUACUAACACCGACUAUUGCUAUUAUACAUUUGAUGCUGGAGCCUAUUGCUUUAAUGACACCGACAAGGUCACAUUUUCAUUCACCGAUAGUAACACUACAAACUAUGGUAGAUUGCAGAUAACUCGAGAAAAUAAAACACAUCAUCUCUGUGAUAAGUCUGGUUAUUUUAAUUAUCAAGAGAUGAAGUUUGUUUGUAAAGAAAUGGGAUUUAUUACCGGACAAGAGUAUGUUGAUCUGAAAUCACGAGUUUAUAGUGAUUAUUGGUCUAAUAAUUUAAACUGCAAGAACAGCGUACCAACUCUUGACGCAUGUACAUCUGACUCUUGGAAAGAAGAAACCACGAAUUCCAAUGAAUGUCAAUACAAUGUUCCUUCUAUAUUUUGUUAUGGAAAUGUACGACUUCAUACAGACUUCUUUAAUGCUACUGGUUUUUUAAAAGUUUAUAAAGACAAUAGAUAUCAAAUGGUUUGUCAGAAUAAUUUUGGAUCGAAACAGUUGAAUGUAGUGUGCAACGAAUUGGGAUUUCAUCAUGGUGGCAGAUUAAUUCCCUCGGAGGCUUACCGUGGUUUUUAUGGUAACAUACCAAAUGGUUAUACUUGUGGUGGGAAUGAGAAAUCUAUUAUAGACUGUACUAGCUUUGAUGCCUCACCAUGUGAACAGCCUGCUACUGUUGCUUGUUUUGAAUCUUUAGAAGAAAAACUUGCUGGCACUGGUUCAGUAAAGAUGUCUAUUGAUGACAUUGUAUUGAUGAUGGUAGAUGGUGUUUGGGGAACAAUUUGUGCUGAUGGUUUUGAUGACAACACUGCUACUGUAAUGUGUAAGCAACAAGGAUAUGAACAUGGAAUAUCCAUCAUAAAGAGUGAACGAUAUGCCAAACCAAUGUUAACUGAGUCUGUGAACUGUAUAGGAUCUGAAACUAGGCUAAACGACUGUCAAAUUGAUCUUGUAACAGAUAAUGGUACCCAGUGCUCUAACGACAAACGUGCUGGUGUUAAGUGUUAUAACAGUGCUGACAUCAAUCAGUACAGUCUUGUCGAUGGUGAUGGAUAUCGGUAUGGGAGACUAAUGGUAACACAUAACAACAAGACAGGCUAUGUAUGCUCUAGAGACAGUUACUUUGAUAAUGACGAUGCUCAUGUACUUUGUAAACAACUUGGAUUUACUACGGGAGAGAGAUACAAUAUGCCAAGUUUUCAGAACCCAUUUGGUACCAGAUUUUGGUCCAAUAAUCUAGACUGUUCAUCUAAUGAACCAAAUGUUGAUACAUGUAUGAAGGGUGUUUGGAUGAAGAUAAUUCAUGAUGGGAUGGAUACAUGUCCUUAUCAUGUACCUUCAGUUUUCUGCUAUGGACAAGUCAGAUUGCAUACCAAGUUUUUAAAUACAUCAGGAGCUGUAUUAAUCCGUCAUAAUGAUAGGUGGGUGUCGGUAUGUAGUGAUGCAUUUGAUGAUAAUGCUGCUCGAGUUGUAUGUGGUGAAUUAGGGUUCAUAAGAGAUGAAGGCAAGACGUUAAGUACCAACUCAUUUUAUGACUCCAUUGUACCAAUGAAUUGGUCACCUUACAUUCUGAGUCUGAACUGCACUGGAAAUGAGAAUUAUGUAUCAGAUUGUAAUUCUACAUAUAAUGGAACCUAUGGAAUAUGCGAUGCUUAUAACUAUGCUGUUGUGUCUUGUAAACCUUAUACAACUACAACUUCCAUACCAACAACACAAUCAUACCUACAAACUACAUAUAACAGUCUUCUACCAAUCGCGUCCACUAAUCAAACCCGUUGGUUAUCAGAUAAAAGAGUAUCUGUGUAUGUAAAUGGAAUGUGGAGUGGUAUUUGUCACUCAGGAUUUGAUGAUAUAGAUGCUAGUGUAUUUUGUAAAGAGUUCGGAUUUAAUAAGGGAAUUGCUCUACAAAAGUAUGUCCCAGACCAUCAGCCUAGGUACAGAUACAACAUACAGUGCUCCGGUACAGAAUUCAGUAUCUUGGACUGUCCAUAUGAUACUUAUGAUGGCGAUAAUGGCACAUGCCAUUACUACUCCGAUGCUUCCGCAUUCUGCUUCAAUAAUAAUACUUGUAAGCUAAAUUUCUUUUUAUCUUCUGCGUUGCUAUAG